AAAGCGGGUGGCAACUAGCCGCCUCCACCUUCUCUUGUGCACGUGUGAACCACGGUAGUGUAAGUCUUCGAUCGUAAAGGAAACGCUGAGCUCGAUCGAAACCAAACAUUUGGCAAAGCCGCACGAAUACAGCUAGGGGAGAGAAAAUAGGAUCAAUAAUGGCUGCUCCUGCGCGCAGACUACUAAAUCCGGCACUCUUGUACGCACUUUAGGGGAUGGCACAGCGUUUCCAAUUUCAUUAGAGGGCUAACCGUUUCGUGAAGCAUCUGCGACCUGCAGGAGAAGUUCCGACCUGCCAUUCAUGAGUAUGGACGGGUGAUCGCCACCACGCAAAAGAUGCUCAAAGCAUCCAAGAUCUUGAACAUCCCCAUCGUGGCGACGACCCAGCAGCGUGCGAAGUUGGGCGAGACAUGCGCAGAGCUCAAGCUCGAUGCUCCGGAUGGCUACAAGACGUUGAUCCACAGCGACAAGUCACUCUUUAGCAUGUGGACGCCUGAAGUGCAAAACGCGGUGCGCUCUUCGCUGCUGUCGGGAUCGCAGACUAAGAUCUCUGCCAUUAUUGUUGGCAUUGAGUCCCAUAUCUGCGUUACCCAGACCACUUUAGAUCUAUUAGCCGCAGGCCACAAGGUGUACGUGUUGGCCGAUGCAGUGAGCAGCUGCAACAAAGAAGAAGUACCUAUCGCGCUUGCAAGGUUACGUGCAGAGGGUGCGGUCGUGACGAGCAGUGAAAGUUUUUUGUACGAGUGCAUGGGCGAUGCGGGCAUCGCAGAAUUCAGAGACAUUUCUAGGCUCGUCAAAGAGAGCAAGGACGACACAAAGAGCAGCUUGGAGGCGCUGUGUAAGUUAUGAGUGACGAAUGUAUAUAAAUAGCUGAAAGCUCAUCACGACAUUAUACAGGUGCGCGCAUCUAGGGUAUGAAGUUGGUGAAUUGGCAUUUCGAAGAUUUAUAGACGUCCAUUUCUACAAGUGGACAUUUAUCUGAUGUAGUAAUGAUCUGAAUGUGAACUCAUGGAGGUGCCAGUGCGUCGCCAACGUCGAUUCCAAAUAUCCGCUCGGAUUUACGUUGAGGUCGUG